CAUGGACCGGGAGAUGAUCCUGGCCGACUUCCAGGCAUGUACUGGCAUUGAAAACAUUGAUGAAGCUAUUACGUUGCUUGAACAGAAUAACUGGGACUUGGUGGCAGCUAUCAAUGGUGUAAUCCCACAAGAAAACGGCAUUCUCCAAAGUGAAUAUGGAGGGGAGACUGGGCAAGGGCCAGCAUAUGGACCAGCCAGUCAGUCUGCAGCCUCUGCUUCGGCACCUUCUUCUUCAGCAUUUCGACCUGUAGUGCCAUCCAGACAGAUUGUGGAGAGGCAGCCAAGGAUGCUGGACUUCAGGGUGGAGUACAGAGACCGAAAUGUAGAUGUGGUCCUAGAAGACAGCUGCACUGUUGGAGAGAUCAAACAGAUUCUAGAAAAUGAACUCCAGAUUCCUGUAUCUAAAAUGCUAUUAAAAGGCUGGAAGACUGGAGAUGUAGAAGACAGUACGGUCUUAAAAACUCUACACUUGCCAAAAAACAACUGUCUUUACGUGCUUACACCUGACUUGCCACCACCUUCCUCGAGUCAUGCUGGUGCCCUGCAGGAGUCAUUAAAUCAGAACUUCAUGCUGAUCGUCACCCAUCGAGAAGUCCAGCGGGAGUACAACUUGAACUUCUCGGGAAGCAGUACCAUUCAGGAGGUAAAGAGAAAUGUAUAUGACCUUACUAGUAUCCCUGUUCGCCAUCAGUUGUGGGAAGGCUGGCCACCUUCAGCCACAGAUGACUCGAUGUGCCUCGUUGCAGCAGGGCUCACCUACCCUUGUCACCAGCUCACAGUGGGGAGAAGGUCUUCACCAGCACAAGCCCGGGAAGAGUCAGAAGAGCAAUGCACCGAUGUUCACAUGGUUAGUGACAGUGACGGCGAUGACUUCGAAGAUGCUCCUGAAUUUGGGGUGGACGAUGGAGAGAUGUUCGGUAUUGCAUCCUCCGCAUUGAGAAAAUCACCAAUGAUGCCAGAAAAUGCAGAAAAUGAAGGGGAUGCCUUAUUACAAUUUACAGCAGAGUUUUCUUCAAGAUAUGGAGACUGCCAUCCUGUUUAUUUUAUUGGAUCACUAGAGGCUGCUUUCCAAGAAGCCUUCUAUGGGAAAGCCCGAGAUAGAAAGCUUCUGGCUAUCUACCUCCAUCACGAUGAAAGUGUUUUAACCAACGUCUUCUGCUCACAAAUGCUCUGUGCUGAAUCCAUUGUCUCUUAUCUGAGUCAGAAUUUCAUAACCUGGGCAUGGGAUAUGACAAAAGAAGCAAACAGAGCAAGGUUUCUGACGAUGUGCACAAAACACUUCGGUAGCGUGGUGGCUCAGACCAUUCGAACUCAAAAGACAGAUCAGUUUCCACUUUUCCUCAUCAUCAUGGGAAAGCGCUCAUCGAAUGAAGUGUUAAAUGUAAUACAAGGUAACACAACAGUGGACGAGCUCAUGAUGAGGCUGAUGGCUGCAGUGGAGAUCUUCAUGGCCCAGCAGCAGGAAGAUAUCAAGGAUGAGGAUGAGCGUGAAGCCCGAGAAAACAUGAAGAGAGAGCAAGAUGAGGCUUAUCGUCUUUCACUCGAAGCUGACAGAGCCAAGAGAGAAGCCCAUGAGAGGGAAGUUGCUGAACAGUCUCGUUUGGAGCAGAUGCGGAAAGAACAGGAGGAAGAGCGGGAGGCCAUUCGGCUAUCCUUGGAGCAAUCUCUGCCUCCAGAGCCCAAAGAAGAGAACACGGAGCCUGUGAGCAAGCUCCGGAUCCGAACUCCCAGUGGGGAGUUUCUGGAGCGGCGCUUCCUGGCCAGCAGCCGGCUGCGAGUUGUCUUCGACUUUGUGGCCUCCAAAGGCUUUCCCUGGGAUGAGUUCAAGUUGCUGAGCACGUUUCCCCGAAGAGACGUCACCCAGCUGGAUCCCAACAAGUCAUUACUGGAGGUAAACCUAUUUCCUCAAGAAACCCUUUUCCUGGAAGCAAAGGAAUAACGGGAAGCUGACCUCCAGACUGGCCGUUCCUCGGCAGGCCUGCGGCCCCAAGUCAAGAGAAAGGCUUCUCUUCUCCAAACCGCCCCACCCUUCCACCCAGCUCCACUCAGUGUCUCACAUCUCUCUGCCUCUUGCAAGAAUCUUGGAAAGAAUAAUAAACGUAGCUACAUAAAGUU